AUGAGGAGCACAAUCGCCAGAUCUUGGGCAAGUUUCGAGACGCUUAGCGACGACGACCCGACAACCAGCCCCUUCAACGGAAUUGCCAGGUACGUCCGCAUGCUGGUCCCUUCACCAGUGCUCACUUCAACCCCCGUCAAUUUACUAACAUAUCUCCUCGUCCACAGUUCCAUAAUUCAAGAUGAGUACGUCCGAUGCCGAAACAUCGCACCGCGAUCCUCCGCAACGUCGAAUAACUUCAAACUAACAACCGCCACAGCUAAGGGUACCUCGAGCUUCGGAAAGCGCCACAACAAGACGCACACUCUGUGCCGUCGUUGUGGCAAGCGGUCUUUCCACAUCCAGAAGUCGACUUGUGCCAACUGCGGCUACCCUGCUGCCAAGACCCGCAAGUACAACUGGGGUGAGAAGGCCAAGCGCCGCAAGACCACCGGCUCCGGCCGCAUGCGCUCCCUGCGCGAUGUCCACCGCCGCUUCCUUAACGGCUUCCAGACCGGUACCCCCAAGGGUGCCCGUGGCCCCGUCACCAACUAG